AUGUCUACUCCAUUUGGUGUUGAUUUAGGUAAUAACAAUACUGUUAUUGCUUGUGCAAAGAACAGAGGUAUUGAUAUUGUUGUCAAUGAGGUCUCAAACAGAUCCACACCAUCCCUUGUUGGAUUUGGUCCAAAGUCAAGAUACCUUGGUGAAACCGCCAAGAAUCAGCAAACCUCAAACAUCAAGAACACCGUUGAGAACUUGAAAAGAAUUGUUGGUUUACCUCACGACCACCCAGACUUCAAGAUUGAAGAACAAUACUUUACAGUUCCAUUGCUCCAGAAUAAGGAAGACCACGGUGUCUCUGCCAAGGUGAAAUAUUUGGGCAAGAACCAAGAGUUUACAGCUACUCAAUUGUUGGCUAUGUACUUGGACAAGAUCAAGGACACCGCCCACAAGGAUACCAAGGGUAACAUCUCUGAUAUCUGUUUAUCUGUCCCAGGAUGGUACACCGAGAAGCAACGUCGUGCUGCAGCUGAUGCUUGUAGAAUCGCUGGAUUGAACCCAGUCAGAAUUGUUAAUGAGAUGACUGCCGCCGCUGUUGGUUACGGUGUUUUUAAGGCUGCCGAUUUGCCUGAGGAUGAUUACAAGAAGGUUGCAUUUGUUGAUGUUGGUCACAGUUCUUACCAAGUCUCCAUUGCCGCUGUUAAGAGAGGUGAGUUGAAGAUUCUUGGUUCUGCUUAUGACAAGCACUUUGGUGGAAGAAACUUUGACCAUGCUAUUGCUCAACAUUUUGCUGAUGAAUUCAAGGGUAAGUACAAGAUUGAUGUUAGAGAAAAUCCAAAAGCUUACUACAGAGUGUUGACCGCUGCUGAGAAAUUGAAGAAGGUUUUGAGUGCCAACACUCAAGCUCCAUUCAACAUUGAGAGUGUUAUGAAUGAUGUUGAUGUCUCUUCUUCAUUGACCAGAGAAGAAUUGGAAGAGUUGGUACAGCCAUUGUUGGCCAAGUUGAAUGUUCCAAUCGAGGCUGCAUUGAAGGAUGCCAAAUUGGAAGCUAAGGACUUGGACUCCAUUGAAGUUAUUGGUGGUUCUUCAAGAAUCCCAGCUGUUAAGGAUGCUAUUUCCAAGGUUUUUGGUAAGCCAUUGUCAUUCACUUUGAACCAAGAUGAGGCUAUUGCCAAAGGUAACGCAUACAUUUGUGCUUGUCACUCACCAACUGUUAGAGUCAGACCAUUCAAAUUCGAAGACUACAACCAAUACACCGUUUCGUACUUUUGGGACAAGGAAGAUAAUGAAGAUGAAGACCACUUGGAGGUUUUCCCCAAAGGUGGUUUGUUCCCAAGCACUAAGAUUAUCACUUUAUACAGAAAGGGUCCAUCUUUCGAUGUUGAGGCUAAAUACACCAAAUCUGAGGAGUUGCCAAAGGGAACUGAGCACUUUAUUGCCAAGUGGACCAUUGGCAAUGUUGUUUUGAAUGAAAACGAGCCAUCAAUUGCUGUUAAGUUGAAGUUGAGAAACGACCCAUCUGGAUUCUACACUAUUGAGUCCGCACACACCGUUGAAGAGCAAAUUGUCAAGGAAUUGAUUGAGCCUACUCCAAAAGCAGAAGGUGCCGAAGAUGCAGAUGAAGAAGAAGAGCAAGAGCCACAAUACAAAGAAGUCAAGAAAUUGGUUAAGAAGAAUGACUGUACAAUUGAUGUUGUAUGUGCUGCUUUGCCAAAUGCUACACUCCAAUCUUUUAUCGAGCAAGAAGCACAAAUGAUUAUGGAAGAUAAAUUGGUUGCUGACACCGAAGAGAAGAAGAACCAAUUGGAGGAGUACAUUUACGAAUUAAGAGGUAAAUUGGAAGAUCAAUACAAGGAGUUUGCCCAACCACAAGAAGUUGAGAAAUUGACUGGGUUAUUGAACAAAGCUGAGGACUGGCUUUAUGGAGAUGGUGAAGAUGCCAAGAAGGCCAAAUACAUUGCCAAAUAUGAAGAAUUGGCUUCAAUUGGUAACAUCAUUAGAGGUAGAUACUUGGCCAAGGAGCAAGAAAAGAAGGAACAAUACAGACAAAAGCAAGAGGCUAAGCAAGCCCAAGCUAUGGCUGAAAAGAUGGCUGAGCAAAGAAAAAACGCUAAAGCCGGUGGAAAAGAUGCUGAAGGCGAUACCAACAUGGAUUAA